AUGCCUGCGAUACGUUUGUUUAAUCGUCGAUUCAACUUCUCAUCUGAUGAUUUAACAAUUCCAUCGCUAGUUGACAUCACUCUUCGAUUUCCUCUGAUAGUUUUAUUACUCAUUUUUCAUCUGAAAACUCAAUUUUUCGAUUGGUCAUGUUUAACAUUUUUCUCUCUGGUUUAUUUUUAUCCACUGUUGAUUAUUUAUUGUUUAAUAAUGAUCAUUUCGUUGAGUAUUUUCAUCCUGAGUUUACAAGGAACACCUGUAAACUACACUUAUCCACGUCGACAUGUGCCUUUGUUGAUUUACAUUCGUUUAGUUCUGGUUUUGAUGGAUAUUGUGAUGAACAUGUUCGGUUUGAUUAUGUCUAUACGAGAAUUUCACGGAUGUGACAAUCUCUCACGUGGAAUAAUCAUUCUUUCGAUUGGUUACAGUUGUAUCUUAUCGAUAUCAUUGUUAAUCAUGUUGGUUUUCCUUCUGGAUUUGACCGGGAUGGUGAGUGCAGAGAAAAAGUGGGAAAUGCGCAUCAAAUUUCUAUUCUGCUGUGGACGAGGCUAUGGUGGACAAUCGUCAAAUAUCGAAAAUAUCAUCAAGACUCUACAAUAUUUGUUCGACGAUGAAAGAUUUGAUCUAGUUGCCAGUGAUUUCGCCGCUGGUCUUGUUCUUUUACAACAAGAAGACUUGUAUGAAGAACGUUCGAUCGAUAUUUACGAAAGUGUUCCUUUACAAUUGAUCAAAGAUGGUCUUUAUUACAACUCCUACGCACAAUCAGCAUUUGGAUGGUUUUCAUUGGCAUAUCAAUAUCGAAUGACAUUUCUUCCGCGAAUUUGUUUUGCUAUGCGAUUUCGAACGAUUGGGUUUUGUUGUUCCUGUUGUUGUGGAUUAGCCUGUUGUCAAAACGAAGAUAGUUACUACGAUCCUUGCGGCGGUCAAUAUCGAACAUUACAAUAUCUAUUACGAAAACAAAAACCGAUCAUUUUAUACGCGAACUUUUUCGGUGCUUUCGGUCGCGCUCCGUUUUAUAUCGCUGCUGAUAAGGAGAAAAAGACGAUUAUCAUUUCGAUUCGUGGAACAUUAAGUGCGACUGAUGUUCUGACCGAUAUUAAUGCAGCAGAAGAUAUUCUCGAAACGGAAUUAUUUGGAAGUGGAUAUUGUCAUAGUGGUAUGCAUUCAGCUGCGAAAUAUAUUCGUGAUGAAAUAUGUCAACGUUUAAUCGACAUAUUUGUUAAGUACCCAGAUUAUUCAUUGAUUUUAUGUGGAUAUUCACUUGGCGCGGGAGUCGCUUGUAUUCUUUCGAUUUUGUUGAAAUCUUCUUAUCCACAUUUGAAAUGUUAUGGCAUUGCCAUGCCCGGUUCGGUUCUAUCGGAAAAUUUGAUUUUAUCAACGCGUGAUUUUAUUUAUUCGUAUGUUGUGGAUGUGGACAUGAUUGCGCGUGCAUCACUUCGUUCAUUGGAACAAUUACGAGAUCGGAUAUUGAUUGCUUUGAAUAAAUGUGAUCGAAAUAAAUUUCGUGUUUUAACAACAACGUUCGUUGGAACAUUGACAAAACGUCGACAAGUAUUCCAUUCGAUUAGUAAUGAUUCUGAUCGAACAAAUUUAUCAUUAAAUACUAAUUCAACUAUCUCACAACUCGUUUCAACUGAUCAGUCAGUUGAAAGAGUGGAUUUACUUUUACCUGGAACGAUUAUUCAUCUAUAUUCGACUGAUCGUGUGGGAUUAUUUACAAGAAAAGCGUCAUAUCGUGCUUGCCUUAGUCAUUAUAACAAUUUCAACCAUUUGAUCGUUCAUCCACGAAUGUGGUUUGAUCAUUUUCCAGCAUCGUAUAGUACAGCAUUCGCUGAUGUCAUUGAAAAUUCAGAAAAUUCUUCGCCAAUAUAA